AUGAGGACGUCAUUCAAACAUCAUCAACUACGCACAAUGAAACAAUAUUUCAAUUUGAAUCACAAUCCGGAUGCCAAGGAUCUUAAGCAACUGGCUCAAAAAACCGGACUCACCAAGCGGGUAUUGCAGGUAUGGUUCCAAAAUGCAAGAGCGAAAUUCCGACGAUCGAUGCAUAACAGUGAUGGUUCUAGUAUUUCUCCGUUCCCAGUGGUAUCGUCAACUAGUCAAGACGAACAGGACCUUUUAUACCUUUAUGAUGGUACAUCGAACUUCUUCCUCUCUACGGAGAGAUGUCCGAAUCCGGAAAUGCCCUUCCUUUUCGUUGACGUCGCCGGUUCUUCGUCAAAGUCUCUUUCCGGCUCACACUCAAACGAAGCCGAAGCCGAGGUUUGCCGUCAGAUCAUCUUGGCGCUGCUCAGGAAGAACGUCCGUCCUGCCUCUUUGGCCAUCAUUGUCUUCUACAAAGAGCAGAGUCGCCUUCUAGAGCAUUUCGCCAAGCGUACCCAAGUUGACAUCCACACCGUCUGCCGCAGACGAUCGAGGCUUCUUCUCCGCACCGAGAUCUCGCCGCCGUCCAGCUCGUCCGUUCGACUCCUCGCCCCAGAAGAUCUCCUCCACGAUCGUCGCCUCAUGGUUCCAGCUCACUUCCAAGAGACGGUCAGUCCGUUCGCCCGGCCGGCUUACGGUCGCCAGCUUUGCCCGGCAAUCCCCUUCCGUAUGCGAACUGGGUGUUGCCCCAUAGUUUCUCCAGUGACGAGACGGUCAGUCCGUUCGCUGAUAGGAGGCGGCUUCGGUGCAAACCAGCUUUGCCCGGCAAUCCCCUUCGGUAUGCGAAUUGGGUAUUGCCCCAUAGUUUCUCCAGUGACGCACGUCACAUUUGCAAGUCCAUCUCUCCCCACUGGAUCACAGAAGAGGUUGCCAAAGACUGAACUUGGAGUGUUCAUACUGAUUGUUGCAGCUGAAAAGAACCUGAAACGAGAAAGAAAACCAUUAUCACAAAAAAAUGGACGAAAAUCUAAUCGCGCGAGAUAG